UCCAUUUACACAAAUUCCAUAGAAAGCGAUCGAUGAACUCCGGAAAUGGCUUGUUGCAAGAUAUAUCUGUCUUUAUCAACUCUACUUAUGUGUUACGUAAAUGCAAAUUAUGAAUACGAGCGUAUGAAAGCUUUGAGCUACCUGACUGAUAUAUCGCAAAGUCCUUCGAACAAUCAAUAUAACAUUUACGAGGGCGCUUCUUCUGAAAUAGCACCUUAUUACUAUGAUUCUUAUGAACCAAACAAAGAUCGAGAUCUAUCCAGAGAUCAUUUCGGAAGCUUAUUUAAGCGUUCCCCGAUUGACAGCAUCAAGAAAGAAUCGAUUGAAAAAAAAAACUUGAAAAAGGUGAUGCCAUUUUACGCGUUUCCUAACAAGGAUUUAAUAAAGCGCAAAGAGUUGCUGGCAGAUUCAACGGAAACUGCGCACUGUCAAGAGAUUAAGAUAAAAUCGUUCGGAAAAGAUAGUGGUUUACGGAAAGGCGUCACGACUUGUUACAAGUGCAAAGAUCCCAUAACUAGGUCUACGUACGAACGCUGUUUAUAUAAGAGUCAUCCAGAAGAGAGGGCAUCCGCUAGUACAAAGGUGGAACGUUUUCUGUCCGUGCCUACUAGUUUCAGAUAUCGAAGGUCUAACUUGGAGAAAGGCAAAAUUGAUUAUGAAAAGUUGAAGCGCGAUCCUUAUCGGUUUACCGAUAAAUAUUUUACUGACGCUACGUACGAUGCACCGGUUGCGCAUGAGAGCAAAGGAGAGAAAUGCGACAAGAUUAUAAAAAAUUCUAUGGUGUGCAUGGUAUGUCAGAAUGCUAAAACUAACAGCAAGUACGAGCAGUGCUCGUAUGUGAAGCAACCACGUGAGGAAGCAUACUCCUAUGACAAAUCCGAUUCUUACCGCAAUAAGCCUGAACAGCAAAGAAACGAUAGCGUCGAGUAUCCCGAAUCAACUUCUUAUUCCGAGCCUUCCGAUUUCGCAGCAUCCAAUCGACAAAAAAAAGAUCGAAAUUCUACCGCCACGGAGGAAUCACCCAGAUAUUAUUAUAGCGAAGAUUAUCCUGAAAGAACUUCAACGGCGAACGAACGAGACGAAGUACAAGAUGCACCUUCGCAAGCAGAUUGCAAGCAGAUAAAAAAGGAUUCCAAGAUCUGCACAGUAUGCAAGGAUUCCAAGAAUGGUGGCACUUACGAGAAAUGUACCUACAAUUAUCAACCUAGUGACAAGCUGUAUAAAUACAGCAGAUCAAAGAGCUUUGGAUUUCCAGAUAAGCCCUCACAUUCUACAAGGGAUUCAAACCAGAAGACUCAAACAUCGGAGGAAUCCAAGGAUUCUGAUCAUCCACAAAGUUCAGAUUCUACUGAUGAUUAUUUGGGUAGAAUAAAAUCUUCCACUUAUCCACGGAGAUCCGACAGAGUUUCAGCCGAAACUCAAGUUGCGAGUGAUCCCGAAAGCGCGUCACGGGAUUUAUCUGACUACAGCAGCGAUUAUUUCAAAGGCUUAAGUGAUUAUCAAUUACCAACAAAUAAAGAUGACGAGCCAAAAUAUUACGGAGACCAAGCGGUACCAUCUUCGAAAUCUGUUUCGGAGCAUCAGUCCGAAAAUAUCAAUGAGGAACAUUGUAAAAAAGUUCAGAAAGACUCGAUGACAUGCACGAUAUGCAAGGAUCCAAAAACGGGCAACGAUUUCGAACAGUGUUCAUACUCUUAUCAUCCCAGUGAUAAGCUCUUUUCUUACAGCAAAUCCAGCUCAUUCGGCAAUCCACAGAAAAAUGAUAAGUCACAACAAGUGCCGCAAGAAAGCGAACAAUCGUCGGAAAGUCUUGAGACUGCAACAAGCUCCUACGACGAGUAUACUCCCGGACAAAUUUAUGAAGCUUCAACGGCGGAUGAAACAAAGUCCGAGGACGACGUAGAAGGGAAGAAAGCGGUGGACACUGGAUAUUUGGACACAGUAAAGAAAAAGGCACAAAUCGAGGAGUUUAUGCAGAAUUUCCAAAAACAGGAUCGAUCAAAAUGCAAAAAGAUUAUGCGCGAUAAGAUGACUUGCUAUCAAUGCAUUGAUGAAGAUGGCUUCCAAAAAGAAGAAUGUGUGUUUAUCACCGGGCGAGAACCGGGCGACAAGGAUCAACUCGCAUUUCGCGAGGUAAAGGAAUUUCAAGUCGAUCCCACCGCACACACUUCGCAAAUCGUCUCAAAUUCGAAAACGGUGGAUUCUGCGGUAGAACCCAGUGCAUCUGCUAGUGGAAAUUCUUACGUCAGGUUGGAGAAGCCGGACAAUGAUUAUCCUGACGAGAAACCGAAUGUAACAGAGGAGACCAAAGAGACUGAACCAUAUGAUUAUACAUCGGAGACAAGGUCCAAAUACGACAAAGUUCUUGGAUUGACUCUUCCAGCGUAUAUGUUCACUAUUUCGGAACAUGAGGCGGCGUUUGACGAAGUUGUGGCUUCUAGCCACGAUCAGCGUUAAUUUAAACAUUUGUUUGCACUUUUAUCGCUGCUUCUUAUCGUUAUAUAUCUAGUUGCUUUUUAUCCUCAAGUUCUCAAGAGAUUUAGACAUUUAGCAAUAUAUCUCUAGGUACGAGAUAUUUCAGCAGACUUAUUAAAAACAUUAGCGUUAUAUCUUUGUUAUUUAGUUUAUAGUACGAAGGUUCUUCAGAAGAUAAAGAUAUAAAUGCAAUAAGGAUUUUAAAAAACUUUUACUAUAAAAUAAAAAAAAAACGUUUUUAAUAUACAUAUACACAUUAUGUCUGUAUCACAUUUAAUAGAAUCUACAAACGAUAGUCGCAAGCACAGAACUGAUGAUGUCCGUGAGAUUUAUUCAUAACAAUUGUCAAUUUUCUUUCAAUUGGCAAAAAUCCUGUUCUUUCAUUCUAUCUCUAAUUAACAUCUCACAAUACAAAAUAAUUUUUAGUAGUCUAAAUGUUGUUUUCUUUCUAU